AUGGCACAAUUCGUUCUGCAACCUGUGGCUUUCAAGCCUUCUGCGCCGGUCCGCAAUACCGAAGGCUAUCGUAAUACCGUAAUCGAAGACGCACCCCAAGUUUCCCUCAAGCGAGCACCACCCCAAAUGCUCCAGCCCAAGGCCUUCGUCCUUUCGCCUCUGAGCGAUGACUUUCCGACACCCAAAGCGAACAUCCUUGCCACAGUGGCAGAAGAAGCCAGUCCGAUCUCCAGCAGCUCUGACUCCGAGAGCGACCAAAGUUCACUCUGGAGCAAACGUAGCUCGAACAGCUUCGACGAGCUUUACGACAUAUCAGAAAGCGAAUCAGAAGAAGUCCACAUCAAGUUGUCGACCUCCGUCAAGAAACGAGUGGUUAGCAAGGAGGAAAAGUCCCGGUACCCAUCCAUCGUCAUUCCCUCGCCAGGACAGUGGCCUACAAUUGAGAAGCUCAAGUCCGCAUCGACUCUUUCGCCACCCAUUCAGGUCAACCUGUCUCCGUCUGUCCUAUCACAACUACAACAGCGCAGUUUCCGCGUCCCUAGCAGCUCUUCGACACCUUCUCUGGACGGCAGUCUUACUUCAGAAGAGCUUGCAGCGUCAAGCUGUCCUUCAACUCCGGACCUUGAGGAGCCUGCUGACGGCGAGAAUGCUUGGGAACCUCCUGUUCAACUCGAUCGAUCUGCCAUCAACUUGCUCCAUCAAAUAAGUGGAGAAAAGCAUGACGACAUACAGGACAGUGUGAUUGAGAGCCCUGACCAAGCUCGUGAGGAGAUGAGAGAGAUUCUUGAGUCGCCACCAGUCACAGGAAUAUUCAGAAUUGAUACUUCUUGCCUUGCGCCAUCUGACCCUAAUGAUGCCGAGGAUGAGCUGUCAGCACUUUCAAUUCCUUCACCUGGCGGCUUCUUUGCAUCUCUGGACUCGACCGUGGCCCGCGAGGCUUGGACAGUCAACGACAAUGCGCCGACCACAAGCACCGCGAGUGAGUUCUACGGUGUGCCUUUCAGAUCACCACACUCUUCUGGCCUUCCUACGAGCACCGCCACAUCUUUCUACAACCUGCCUUGGAACUCGCGUCCGGAAAACCCUGUGGAGCACGUCGUCUCUGUCGCGUCUCCGACCAGUACUCAAGCUCCCAUCACCGCCCGCAAGAUCAUAUUCUCGCCCACCGAUGUGAUUCAUGAGGUCGAUGAGAUUGAUGAAACAUACAGCGAUGCUAUUCAGCAGAACGCCUCUGCAAAUGUCGACCGCACUCAAAUGUGGCUAUCUGCGCAAAAGGCGUACAUGGAGGCUGUUUGUGAAGACCAUCAGGUUUGCACCGAUUUCGAGGACGUCGCGGAUGCCAUUCCGACGACUCCUGAGCAAACAUCGCCCGUCUCCUCCGAGCAUUCCUCGCCAAGCAAGAAAUCGGUGCGCUUCAAUGAAAAGCCGGCCAUGCCUACCAUCCCGGAGACUGAGGCCAGCCCUGUGGAGAAUAAGCGGAUCUCUCCAAUCCACGAUGGUACGUUCUGGGAGGCUUGGCGGCACACGAAACGUUCCCAACGCGCACGAGACGUCUUCGAACACAGACAGGCCAGAGCUGAGGCUGAGCAAGUUAAGCGAGUCAGCCUUCAAAAGCAGCACACCGAUCAGUUGACGGGCCAGUAUGCAAUCACGAAUGCUGAGCGACCCUCGCCUCAGCGCCCAAUCUCGUCUUUCUUGCCAAUGGCUGCAGAGGACGAGAAGAAGGAAGAAAUUGCCCAGGCUGACCGCGAGAGGCAGGCGCUUGAGCAACUACAGUCUUCUUCCUGGCACAUCGACGCUCAGAAGGAAGUGAACGGCGGCAAGCUGUUGACGAGCCCCAUCGUUCAGAGCUUCAAAGGCCGCAAAGACGUCCGCGUCCUUGAUCUUGCAGGACAAGCUCACUGCAGCUGGGCAUGGACUGUCGCUCUGGAGCAUCCAAAUGCGGCUAUUUACACGACUGUCUCGUCUGAUGCUGAGGCACACGUUGCCUCGCUUGAAGGACCGAGCAACCAUUUCGUCACCACCUCUCCGAAGCUUUGGGAGCUUCCAUUUGAGAGCAAGUAUUUUGAUGUGGUCUCUGCGCGAAACCUCUACUCUCAUCUAAAGACUAUAUGGCCCAAGGGUCAUGCAGCUGAUGAAUGGGAUCUUACCUUGCGCGAGUGUCUCCGUGUCUUGAAGCCAGGCGGAUACCUUGAAUUUGAUCUGCUCGAUGCAGAGCUAGUCCACGCCGAUGCGGCAACCCAAGCUCUGGGAGUAGAGUUCUCCUUCAGCCUGAAGACCCGUGGUUACGACCCGUGCUCUGGCAAGAACUUCUUGCCUCGCCUGAAACGAGCUGGUUUCUGCGAGAUCAAGCGUGCUUGGAUGGUUCUUCCUGUAGCAGACGCGGUCCCACGCUGGUCGGAUCUUGGCAAGCCGUCAGGAGGAGUCUCUGCUACGGAGCGAUCAAUCAGCGUCGAUGGUACCGUGUCGGAGUUCCAGCCACCGCUCACUGGCAGCACAAAGGAUGUCAGGGCAAUGACCGGCCUAGUUGGUGCGAGAAUGUGGGAGCAGUGGAUGAUCAAGCUCAACAACGAAACAGGCCGUAGCGAGAAGAAGGUCCUGCACGAGGUCGCAAAGGCAUUGGAAGAGGGCGGCAAGGGGCAGGCUGGUUGGAGAUGCUUGGUCGGCUGGGCGAGAAAGGCAGCCUAA